GACCUUGCUCAAGUGGAAUCUCUGACAUGUCAGGUGAAUCCAGCCAAACAUCUAUGUCUUGGCCUUGGUAGGAAAAGCAUAACGGGAAGCAGAAAGUUUUACAGCAGGAUUAUAAAUACAGGACUAUGUUUGAACCUAAGCUGUUUCGGAGACCUUUGCCUCCAAAAGGAGAGACUCAACGGAUUCUGUCAAGGAAAAAAAGCUGUAAAGGUGCUCCUGAGGAAAAUACAGAAUCCAAAGAAACGCGUGGAGCCAAUGAUGGCCAGCUUCCUACACCUGAGAAAAGCCAACCAAUUUCUUUGCAUUUUCCAGACUUUGAUUCUGGAACCCAAGUUCCAGACACUAUUAAGAGAAGCUUUGUUCUUCCUUCACAGCCUAGUGGUCCUCCUAGCUUCCCAUUGCAAAAAUGUCAAGUACCUUUACGGUUGCGAAUCUCUAUGUUGGGAGGUCGCAGGCUGCAUUUGCCGUCAGAUUUUAUACUGCAAGGUCUGGCUGUAAUAGCGUCUCUUCAUUUAAAAACUCUGAAAGUUGAAGAUACAAAGCGAAUUCUUUCUCGCCUUAACUAUGAAGUACUCACUAGUGAGCUGAUUGCUAGAGAAAUGCGAGGCCCACAGGAAGUCUGUACUAUACUAUUCUCAAAUCUGGAUUUGCCUUGUGUUGUACCAAGAAAACCUGAGAAACAGAUGCUACUAGAAAAGUUGCUGGAGGAGAGGAUGGCACUGACUUUGGAAGAAGAAUCAUCGCUCAUGGAUGAGGAAAUAAAACAGAAGAAAAAGAAAAGAGUGACUUAUGCAGAAUCAGACCAGGACUUGGAUUCUGAUGUAUCACUUGUCUCCGGUAUGGGGUGCAAGCUUCAAUUAAAUCUAGAGGAUCAGGAGAGUGAAUUGAGGAAAAUGGCUAAAAUGACAGUACUCUCUUGCCUAAUGCAUAGAAGAACUGGGCUUAGUCUUAAGGCAUUUUUUCUGUCUCGACUUCCAGACCUCUCACCUUUGGCCGACUUCUUAGUGUACCUUAACCUGUCAUUUAAUUACUUGUACUUCUUUCCAAAAGAGGUCUAUCAUCUUAAACACUUGGAAGUGCUAAAGCUCCGAAACAACCCUAUCAAAUUCAUCCCAGAAGAUAUUGGCCAAAUGAAGAACCUCAAACUCUUGAUUAUGUCCUUCAAUUUGCUGACUGCUCUUCCAGCUGGGCUGUUUUCAUUGCCAAAUCUUCAGGGCCUUGAUGUUUCCUAUAACGAACUUGAAUUUAUCCCUACUGAAAUUGGGAAUCUCAGAAGCCUGACAUACCUGAACUUAGAAGGGAAUCUACUGUAUGUUUUGCCUUGUGGGUUGUUGAAGCUUCAGCUGGGCCGUCUUAAGGUGGAAAACAACUUCUUGCAUGCCUACUUCUGGAAUGAAGUCUGCCAGCUUCAGCCACAACGACUUACUGACAUGGCUGCUCUUUGUUUUGCCAAACACAACCUGUGGGAAAUAUAUCAUAAGAUGCCAGUGGACAUUCAAGAGAUGUUGAUCAAUUUUGCUACCUGUGAUUGCUGCAUGGGACCCUUGUACGGAAGAGGCCUUCAGUUCAUUCGCAUUUAUAGGAACGCCUAUGGACUUAGGCUUCCUUAUUUCUUCUGUGCCUGCUCACCAACCUGCUAUAUGGACUACGUUGCUGCAGCUGCUGAAGCUGUCUCCACCUCAGACUGAUGGAUAUCAAUGUUUUAAUUGGUUGAGGCUGCAGCUGAGCUGGUAAUCUGCUGAAU